GCGCUGGCAAUCGAUUCUGCACCGCAGUCCGGCUCGGCGUUCGACCAUGGCAGACAAGACAAAAGUAACCGAACAGUAUUAUGCUCCACCUCCGGAUCUCGGAAAAUGGGAGUCCUUCAGGAUCUUCCUCUACAACUCGGAGACGGGGCAGUUCUUGGGCCGCACAGGAUCGAGCUGGGCAAAAAUCCUCCUAUUCUACCUGAUCUUCUAUGCGGUGUUGGUUGGCUUCUUCGCCGCCAUGCUGGCGAUCUUCUACCAGACCCUCGAUUCCAAGAUGCCCAAGUGGCAGAUGGACGCUUCCCUGAUUGGCAGCAAUCCUGGCUUAGGUUUCCGCCCCAUGCCCGAUUCAGCUAACGUGGAAAGUACCCUCAUCUACUACAGGGCUAACGACAAAGGCUCCGUGCUCAGAUGGGCUCAAGUGAUCGACGAAUUCCUUGACCAAUACCGCAAGAAGGGAAGUGGCAGUGGUGAGGCAUCUGGUGCUGAAAACCGCGUCCCCUGCACCCCCACCACUGGCCCCGUGGGUGAGAACCAGGUCUGCGAUGUGCCGGUAGACGAAUUCCAUCCCUGCACCUCUGCUAACCAGUAUAACUAUGAAGAGGGUGGACCAUGCGUGUUCCUUAAGCUGAACAAGAUCUUCAACUGGACCCCGAAACCAUACAACAACACGGAAGGCUUACCUGACAAGAUGCCAGAGGACCUGAAGCAACACAUCAAGAUGGUGUCUGGCAAGCCCGAAGCGAACACCGUAUGGGUAUCCUGCGAGGGAGAGAAUCCAGCUGACGUGGAAAACAUCGGACCGAUCCAGUAUAUUCCGCGUCGUGGUUUCCCUAACUUUUACUAUCCCUUCACCAACAAGGAGGGUUAUUUGAGCCCGCUGGUGGCUGUGCUCUUUGAGAAGCCUAGGACCGGUGUUCUGAUCAACAUCGAGUGCAAAGCGUGGGCCAAGAACAUCUUCUACGACAGAUACGAGCGGCGAGGGUCUGUCCACUUCGAGCUGAUGGUGGACCGCUCUUAAGCGCCCCGCCUCGGCGCCAUCGCCACAUUGGUCAACACUCUAGUCAACGUCCAGCGUUCCAUUACAACCUCACUGCCAAACUGAGUUUGUGAUUGGCCAAGUGGUGCUUGGCUGCCAAUAUAGUUCGCCUAUUGGUUAAGUUUCAGUUAAGGUGACUCCCGACGAUCAUUAAACUAGGUUUAUUUCUAUUGAACCUGAUUUUGUGUUAGACUUUGUGAGCCUCCGUGUGGCAGCUUCUGCGCAAAUGUUGCUCGUAUUUUCUUGCUCAACGUUUUAUUUCUGUCCUUGCAAACUUCUGUGUAAUGUGUGUACUGAGUGUGGCGCAUUCCAUGCCCAGUUUAGUGGUCGUCAAGAGAUUGGCCAAGUCAGUUGGCCAAAGGCUGCCAUGGUCACACCUGGCGCCGGCUGCCGUACCUUUAGCAAUAGCCUAGUCGGCGAUUAAUUUAUAUUCGUUUUAGAAUAGCCACAUGGCAACACAGUUUUGUUUACACGCUUAAAUAAAGUUUAAAUUAUUAAAUAAUGUUUAAUAUUUAAUGUUUUCUGGACGAUGAGUCAAUAAAUAUGCAAUAGUUGGUUCCAAUUUA